AUGCUUGGCGUGGGCGUGGUGCCGUUAGAUAAGCGACUUCAGCCGCAGCAACCACAGCGCAGCGUCAAGCGGCCAAGGCCAGUCAAGUCGUGCACCGAGUGUCGGAAACGCAAGCUUCGAUGCGAUCGCCUCUGCCCUUGCUCGCAGUGCCAGAAGUCGAACCGCCCCUGCAAGUACGCGCCCGAUCAGGACUCGAGCAAUCUGUCCGAGGGCUCAGACGCAGAGGCAGCUGAGCCAGGCCGGCCAGCCAAGCGCAACUACUCGCACAGCACUCUACCCGGGCUGGGCAGCACGUACAGCGAUGUUGGCACCGCCAGGCCGACGAAAUCGGGCGAUUCUACCAGUCUGCCGUUGCUCGAGGAGCUGUCCAUACGAAUGGAGCGCCUGGAGAAGCAGGUACUCGUGCGAAGUCCGAGCAGGGCCGAGCUCGGAGGCAGCAGAAUCGUCGCCGCACCGCCAGAGACGAUACGGGGACUAACAGUGAAGCGCGGAGCCUUGCGAACACGGUAUUUCGGGCAGAAUGACCCCCGAGUGCUGUUGAAUCUGUUUGACGAUGCAAAGGCUUAUGUGGCCCACAACUUCCAGCGGGAGCCCUUUAUCAGCUUUGAGGCCCUGCAUAAGCAUUUGCGAGGCGAAUUGACAAAGUCGCUGACGCCCAUCACCGUCUUUGUGGAUUCCAUGAUGCCGAUACACAAGAGAAUGACAGACAUCUUGCCCAAGAAGGCAGUCUGUGAUCGCCUACUGGCUGCCUAUCUCGAGACAUCAGAGACCCAGUUCAGGAUCCUUCACACACCAUCAUUCGUGGAGCAGUAUAAUCAAUACUGGCAGGGCAACCCGCAGUCUGAGCAUUUUCUUCCACAGAUGCUAGCAGUCUUGGCGGUAGCGUCUCGGUUCGACACCAAAUCAAGGGGAUUGCUCCACCAAGAACGCGUAGAGGGCGUGCACAUCCCGACUGCGUGCGCACUGGUUCGAAUAUGGCUGGACAGCCUCAAGGGCAAGCAACUCGUAGAGCUUGCCACGCUGCAAGUCGAGGUGCUGUUGCUGCUGGCCCAGAGGAUGAUUAUUCCACGGGCUCAAGACUCGUGGAACCAUCUGGGUUUCGUCGUACGCAUGGCAAUGUCCAUGGGGCUCCAUAGAGACCCCUCUGAAUUUGAGCCACGGAUGACGGUGUUCCAAGGCGAGAUUCGAAGAAGGCUGUGGUUCACAGUCCUGGACAUGGACUUGUACAUGUCCAUUGCUGCCAACAUGCCCUGUCUCACUCGGGACGGCGACUAUUCCUGCCGGCCGCCGCGGAAUCUCAACGACACCGACCUCUACCCAGAUAUGACUGAGCUGCCGCCGUCUCUGCCACUUGACCAAGCAACAGACAGUCAGAUUCAGGUAUAUACAGUCAUGACGCUCCCCACGCGGAUGAAGGUGGCGCACAUGAUUAACCGCAUCGACACCAUCCGCGAUUAUCAAGAGGUGCUAGAUGUGGGCGGAAAGCUGGAUCGGUUCCUCGAGGACAUCAACUACAUAUUCCCGCGGCAUGCAUCCCUCAGCGAUGCGCAGAAGAGCAGGCUUUGGAGAAAUCGCGUCAUUCUCGAUAUGCAUGUGCGGCGGCCUUUGCUGGCCUUGUAUCGGCCCUUUGCCAUGGCAGCCCCUGAAGCCCCAACGCAAAUCUCACGAGCGUACCUGCGGUCUUGCAUGGUCAUAUUGAAAUACAUAGACGAGGUUGAUCCUAAUCUGCCGCACUUUCAGGACGUUGCCGAAAUGUACGUGCAGAUGCUGCGGCGAGACAUUGUCCAGGCGUCUUUGAGCGUCUGCUACUUUAUCAAGCCGGCCGUUCGCCCUUCUGCUGACAGCAUGAUGCUCGAUCAGCAUGGGAUACAGUCUUCACCGGCCCCUGCAGAUGAUUUCCCUGGGUAUAUCCCGGAUGAUCUGAUGCUGUGGACGCCAGCGCGGUUAAUUGCCACCGUGCAGAAGACAAUUGAUCUCCUAGUUGGGCUUGUUCGCGGCAGCGAUAUCAAGGACAUUCUGUGCAUCGCCGUUGUGCUGGAGAGUGUAAGGAAGGCGGAUGUUCGAAGCGAAGAAAUUACCAAUAAUCUAUUUGGUCUGCUGGAUGCUUGCUUGAGGGCAACCAACAUGACCGUAGAUAAGCUUCGCAGUUUGUCCCUUGGUAGCGCCAGUGAAUUCCAGCACGACGCAUAUUCUCAUGGGAGGAUGCCGUACGUACAGCAUGGCUACAGCAUGGGAGGCCUUUCGGACUCCACCACAGAGCUGGGCGGCUGGAUAAUGUGGGAUGGCUGGGAUUAA